UAUUGACUGUCUGGAGUCCAGAAAUACAGCCCAACCACAGAAAUUCUCAGGUGUGGGGAAAUUAGGCAAACCAGUGUCCUCAGCAUUACUGACUCAGUCACUCCACUGCCAUACAGCCGCCGUCCCUGCAGGGGUGCUCAAAAUCCUGGACAACACAUUCCAAGAGCCUCCCUUGUUGAAACAUGUCUCUGUACAGCUUCGGACUUGAUCCGUUGUCAUGUCAUGCCUGGAAUAAAGACCGAACUCAAAUCGCCAUCAGUCCCAACAAUAAUGAGGUCCACAUUUACCAGAAAAAGGGGAAAGAAUGGAAUAAGAUCCAUGAGCUGAAAGAGCACAGUGGUCGCAUCACAGGUAUAGACUGGGCUCCCCAGUCCAACCUCAUUGUGACCUGUGCCUCUGACAGAAAUGCCUAUGUGUGGACCCUGAAAGAGGAGGGUAUGGUAUGGAAGCCCACCCUGGUGCUGGUUCGGAUCAAUAGGGCCGCCACCUGUGUCAAGUGGUCUCCACUAGGGAACAAAUUUGCUUUGGGCAGUGGGGCGAGAAUCAUCUCCGUUUGUUACUUUGAUAAGGGGAACAACUGGUGGCUGAGCAAGCACAUCAAGAAACCUAUCUGCUCCACCAUUCUGAGUCUUGACUGGCACCCCAAUAAUUUCCUCCUGGCUGCUGGCUCUGCAGACUUUCACUGCAGGGUUUUCUCAGCUUACAUCAAGGACAUCGAGGAAAAGCCGAGCCCCACAGCCUGGGGUUCCAAGAUGCCAUUCGGGGAGGUGCUCCUGGACCAAAGGGACUGUGGGGGAUGGGUGCACAGUGUCUGCUUCUCACCCUCUGGGGAUAGCCUGGCCUGGGUCAGUCACAACAGCAACAUCAGUGUGGCUGAUGCAUCUAAGGGCAAGGAGGUGACCCAGCUCAACACAGAACACCUCCCUCUUCUCAGUGUGCUGUACCUCAGUGAGACUGAGAUUGUGGCUGCGGGACAUGACUGCUACCCUCAUCAGUUCUCCUACACAGGAGUGGGCUCCCUGAAGUUUGUUAAGAAGCUGACUGUCCCCAAACAGAGCUCCAAAGCCAGCAUGUCAGCUAUGCAGCACUUCCGCAAUCUGGACAAGAAAGCCACCGCUGAGGAGGACAAUAACGAACAGGAGACUCUGCACCAGAAUAGCAUCACUCAGCUGUGUAUUGUCAAGGGGGAAAAAUCCAAGGUGGAGACGUUCAGUAGUGUGGGUCUGGAUGGAGCCAUGGUGGUCUGGGAUUUUAAGCACUAAACCUUUAAAAGGCUCGAUCCAUGAGAUGCUGCUGUACUCCUAGAGGCCAAAUUCCAUCUUCUGAGGCUACAAAUAUUAGAAGCUAAGAAUGGCAUUAUAGCUUUGAUGAAAUAAGAGGAACAACAUAGAGUGUUUUUGGAAAUUUGAACUUGUUAUGAGUGUGGAGUUUUACAGUAAAUUGUACAUUUUCUGUUGCUUUUCGAAAUAUGCUUACAAAAAUAAAUGUCUAAUAUUGUCCAAGGAAAAUGUCUCCAAAGACUAAAAAUAAAAAAAACUUUCAAAGA